CUCUUGUGAUAACUGCAUUCUGGUGCGAUUAUAUAAAGUUGGGAGAUAAAAUCGAAAUGUUACUACUUUUUUCGAGUGAAAUCAUGAAGACGAUAGUGUUUAUUGCUUGCAUUGUAACCCUUGUGGUUAACGUCACAGCAGAAAUCUCCAGGCAAGAGAUGAUUGACACACUCAAGAAAGCCCACGUCGAAUGCCAAGCUGACCCAGCCACCAAGGCAGAUGAGGAUUUGAUGCAAAAAUUCUUCAAAGACGAACCCGUCGAUGAAUCUUCGUUGGCUAAGCACGCCCUAUGCAUUAACGUCAAAGUGGGAGUUCAAAAACCAAACGGUGAUAUCGAUAAGGAAGGUUUCAAGAAAUGGAUGGGCGGUAGUAAUAAUGAGCAGCAGAUAAUUGAAGAAUGUGGGAAUAAGAAAGGUAGCACCGCUGAAGAAUCUACACUUGCUCUGUACAAAUGUUUCAGGAAACAUAGAAAUGAACAAGGAGUUCAUCAUCAUCAUGAUUGAGUCGACUCUGUUAAAAAAAUAUAAAUAUAUCUGAUAUUCUAUAUCCGAAUAAACUUUUUGUUCUUUAUUAUAUUCCUUAUAUCUAUGAAAUACAAAAAAUUACAGGAUUGCACAUUGAUAUCGGAGCAUUCUCAUGGAAAUUUACAUCGCUGUUUAGGUAUAUUGCUUUUUUCUGUGACGGGAAAAAAGUUUGGCAUUUCAUCCCUGUUGGCAGGUUAUAAAAUGUUACUUUUUAUAAAUUACUUUUUUCCGUCGAUAAUUUUCAGAUUUCAAAAUAAUGUAAUAUCUUCUCCAUAUUGAUUCGUCCUUCCUUCUGUCACAGAAAAAAUAGGUAGUGUAUUAUACACGGGAAAAAUCAUAAAAAUAUAGUUGGGGAGAUUUUAA